AUGUUUCUCGUUUCGUAUUCUAACGCAGAUGAUCAAGUUAUAACGCAUAUAGAUACGGAAUUUACAGAUGACACAUAUAUCAAUUAUGAUGAGAUACCAAAACUUGACAACGAAGAAGUUUUCGGUCCAGAUGCCGUUCGUGAUUUUUACAUAAUUAUGGGUUUUGGCCUAAUUACGUUGCAAUUAAAUUUUUUUGGCAGCUUGUACGUCAUAUAUAGGAUUUAUGUUCAAUGGAGACGUGGCGGAAGAACGAGCAUUUCCUUAUCUUUAAGAUUUCCGUUUUACAUUGCAUUAACUGAUGCGUUCCUUUCUCUCGGAUACACAGUUAAUUUGAGCUAUACUUUUGUUUGGAAACUUCCGUGGUCAAAUCCGAUGUGCGGAAUAAUCGGAGCUAGCGUAGUAACAUUAUUUACGCUCAACAUGUUCCUUGUGGGUAUUAUAGCUUUGACGACAUGGUUACGCGUAUGCAAAGAAUAUUAUGUAGAUUUCGGGCCAUACGAUUAUAAACUUUGGACUUUAACGACUGCAUUAUCGGUCAUUGUCGUAUGUCUUUCGAUAAAUGAAGUCGGUCAACAAAAAUAUUGGUGCGCGGGAAGGCAUCAUAAAGUCAUCAUACCUAUCAUCAUGUUCUUAAUUAUUCUUUUAAUUUUGUUAACGAUUCUCAUAUGUUAUAUAAAAGUUUAUUUCAAAGUUCAUAAACUUGAUGAUUUACUUACCUUAAAUAAUUCUACGCCACGAAGAGCUCAUAUUGAAAAACGAGCUUUGAGAAAAUUAAUAUCAUACAUCUUUACAUUCAUCUUACAAUUCUUUGAAAAUGUUUUGUUGUAUAUGCUGGCCACUACAACGAUAAACUUUGGAGGCAUUGGUAAUUUCUUUCAGUUCGUUAUCAAUGAAGGAUUUUCUUCAUCACAAACGAGUUCACAAACUUCUUCAAUGGAAAGUUCACAACAAAUAAAUUCCAUUGAACCUGAAGAAACAAAAACUACUGAUUCCAACUAUGUGCGAGAAAUUGGAGACUCAACUAUUGAACGUUACCGAUUUUCAUUAGAAUUCGGUGAGAAAUUCGAUGAAAAUAUAGUAAAGAAUUUAAACAACGUUAUUGUAAGCGAUGAUAAUGGUGAUUUGGAGAACGAUAAUAUAAUGUUUAAUGACGCCUUGACAGUUUUUGACUCUUCAAUUAACUCAACCGAUGUCUUGUUAAAUCGAGAUGAUUAUUUUUACACGAAAUAA